AUGCAUCUGUUAGAAAUCUUCUUCGUUGUAAUAUUCAUAAGUUCGAGAAUAGUAAACAGCGGAACUACCAACCCAACUCCUGUGGCUCUCUACAAGUAUCCAUAUGUGGGAUGCUUCACGAAUCCAACAGGCCAGGCGUUAGGGCCAAGACGUGCUACCUCCACGUCCAUGACCCGCGACAAAUGCUUGCUAUAUUGUAAGAACUUCUUAAUAUUCGCAGUAGAAAACGGAAAUACAUGCCAUUGCGGAAAUUCCUUCGACGGUCGGAGUAAGAAAGUCUCAGACUUCUCUUGUACAGUAAGAUGCGCGGGGAAUCAAACUCAGGUCUGUGGAGGAAAGGCUCUGUUGACCACUUGGAUCCGAAAACUGGCAGAUGAUCCGACGCCCAAGCCACCAGUGGCAACUCCAACCAACAUCGUGUCAACCGUCAACAACUACUAUUAUUACAACAUAACCGAAGGAAAGGGGGACAAAGGGGAUAAGGGGGAUCCUGGACCACCGGGUCUUCAAGGCAAUCAAGGACCAAUUGGCCCGCAAGGCGAAGCUGGCGUGCCAGGACAGCCCGGACAGUGGCAAGCAGGAAGCAAUGGCCAAAACGGCGAAAACGGCAAGGAUGGAGCGCGUAAGUUACUUUCACUUGAUGAUUUAGUCUAUCCCGUACUUCACUGCGCUCUGCCCUCCCCAGAAGCUUCUCUCGUUCUUCCUACUUUCCUAAACGACAUGAUCCCCUCCGACCAAUACAAUAUUUCUCUUCUGUGA